AAAAUAUGGGAAUGAAGCCAAAUAGUAAAACACCCGACCCUUAAAAAAACUUAUCGAUUUAAGUAGUACCAAUUUUUGGGCGUUGUGGGGUGUGAAUACACUUUCCCACACGUAACCAGACUCCCGAAUCCAAAUUUCUAAAAUUUCGCUGACAAAAUAUCGGUUUCGACCCUAAGGUCGAGACCGAACCAAAAGGUCUUUGAUCCACCACAACUAAGAUCGAUGGCAACUCCGAGCAUUAUGCGUUGGAUCCCCCGAUCUCGAGGGGCGGUUGCGACAAUAGCCAUGUGAGUUUUGAGCAGAUCGUUUUAUUCUUGUGUGCUUAUAUCCCUCUUACCAUGGCGAGUAACAUCACAAUUGUCACUAGUGAGUAUGAUGAAUGCAUAGGAUUAGUCCACGCCCAAAUGUUGAUUGUCCCAAAAUGAUUUAUCCACUAGUUAACCCCUUUGAGCCUUGUGACUGCGGGGGUCGUUCUCAUGUUAGGAGCUUGUUGUUCGUGAGCUUAAUGGUGUUGAUAGAACGACCCCUAUCCUUUUUUCGUUUCUAUACAUGUGUCGUCCUUGUGUCCCGGAGCUCUCGCUUUGGAGCUCCAUUGAGGUUCUACAUAGGAGGAUUUUGUGCGGUUCUUGCUAGAAACGAAAGUGAAAGGGAGAGUAGUGUUGGGGUGAGUUCUUAAAAAGAGAGUAUUGAUCGUUACAAGUAAAGUGGCAAGUGUUUUUCUCUCUAGUACCCUCCCAUCAAAAAGAAAAAGAAAGAGAAAGGAAGAAAAAGGAAACGAAAAAGAGGUGAUAAAACAUGGUAAAUAAAGUAGAGAGUGCCACAAAGAAUCAAAGAGUAUGCUUUAGGAGAGGUUUCUUGGCACUCAAGCCAUUGAAACCUCCACAUUGCCUUAGAACUCCUUCACUACCAAGGUGAAAAGUGAUAGCAAGAGUAGACCGAGGAAGAGCGCCUAAAGGAAGUUCAUGGUGGGUGAUAGUUUUGAGGAAGAAGCAAGGUUUUUGGUCGAUGCCGGUGGCCAUUGUUUGUAGGGAAGGUUCUUGAUCGAAACCAUAGAACCUUCGGGUUUAGGGUGAAGAUGUAGGACCUCAUGAUGUGUUUGCCACCACCCAAAAGGAUUUUCCCCAUGUCCAAGACCAUUACCAGUCAUUUGAAGCCGUGUCUAAGACCUCCGGACAAGCUAGUGAUGACAACAAUUCCGUGAACUCUAGCAUUUAGAGGUUGCCGCCGUGGGGUUGAGACGAUAGGGCUGAGUGUUGAUGAUUGUGAAAUUUUUUUGCACCAAAAGGUCUCGACCCAACUGAUCAAGAGAGUGAGUGAUUCAUUCUUAUUUUGCAUGUCAUAUCAUACCCCGGUGAGGACCUUUGUUGCCCAUCCGUUUGUUCCUUUGACUUGAACUCUAUGCAUGCCUAGUUGUAUUUGAUGAGUGAUCUUGUUGAGACAAGUUGAGAACUUUUCAUUCCCCCUUUUAUAGUAGCCUCGAAUGUCGUUUGUGGUGGAUGUCGGUAUUGCUUGCAACGGUCCUUGUGUUAAUUACCAAUAGCCACUUGAGAUUCGCCACUUUGUGCCCUUUGAUUUAUCCCCAAAGCAUUUUGUUAGGUUGAGAGAUUACCUUGUGUGAAAUGGUUUGCUUGGGGACAAGCAAACGUCUAAGUGUGGGGGAGUGAUUCGGGCCUAAUUCUACAACUUUUACCGCCGUUUCCACAUGACGUUUGUGACAUUUGAAAUCCUAAAAGGUUGGUUUUACGCUAGGUUUCUUGUGUUUCAGUGUGUUUAAGAUCCUAACAGGUGAAACCAACCCAGGAGUCGAAAUUUGGAAGAAAUGGAUCGAAGGACGGGCAAAGGAGGAAUCAGCUGCACUUCACAGCCUGACAUUGGAGUUCACGGUCUUUAAGGUCAUGAAAUAGAGCUACAAACCGUGAACAACGAGGUGUCCAGGAGGGUUCUACAAGUUACUGACGACCGGGUAGACCGUGAACUUCGAGUGAAGACCGUGAACCUAGAGAGUGAAAUACUGCGUUUGUUGACGACACUGAGUUCACGGACGCAUUUAGGUGUUCACGGACGUGAACUGAAAUACCGUGAACUCAGCUCAAUCUGGGUUUAAGUGUGAAGCUGAAAGGAAGAAGAAAGGGGAGAGAGACCUAGAGUUUCAGAUUUUAGAGUGAGAAAGUGACGAACCAAGGAAGAGGAAAAGCUAGGGUUUGAUCUCCAAGCAAGGAUUUGGGAUUUCUACAGCACAAGGAGCAAGGCUUACAUCUUCAUGAUAAUUUUCCUUUCCCUCUUUUGUGUUUUCCCUUCUCUUAGCAUGAAGUAGUCCAUUUCUUUCACUUGGGUGUUUGUAAACCCUAGUUUCAAUUAUGUAAACACUUGUAUGAAUUGAAUGAUUUGUGUGUGGAUGUGUUUUAAUGUGAAUGUGGAGGUAUUAUUCAUAAAUGAUUGUGUUGUGUGAAAACCUAUCAAUCUAAUUGCCAUUCUAACCUGGUUGAGAGAGAACCUCCUUAGCUUAGGAGACUGUUUUAGAGUUGGGGUUUCCUUGGGAAUUCUAUGCCUCCUAUUCUAUGUUAGAUAAAGGAAAACCCUCCUAAUUUGUAUUAAGCACUUAGUGUUUGGUUGUGUGUGGCCAUCUGAACUCCAAUUGAAAGGUGGAGUCUAACCACUCCUUAGACGAUAAGUUAAGAGGGUCACGUUAGUGGCUUGGAUCGCAUCCUAUUCCUCAACCUAGGGUCUAAGAGGGUAACUUCGGUUGCUUGUUAGACUCCCCUGCGGUACAUGACCCCCCUAACCACACACGGUCGUUCAAGUCAUCGAGUCAUAAUUUUUAGCUUGGGGGAGCAACACCCGGGUGAAGCUUUCUCAACUGGAGUCAAAUCCAUUUUACCUUUGCAAAGUAAUUUAGUUUUAAACCUUUGUUUUCACCAAAAUUGAUUCGCUAGAUAAUGUUUCAAAGUGUCAAAGUAGCGGUACAUGGACCGGCCCUGGUCGAUAUUUAAACAUACUUGGCAUGUAUUGCACCCAUCUAAGGUUUAUACUUGGACCUUAGGUGAGAUUUUAUUGUGAUAGUCAGGUAGUGAGUCAAGACGGUCACCAUAGUUGAUAAGACCAUGGAGGGGUCAACGGAUACUAUCACAUGUGGCAGAUGACAUGGCGCCAACAAGGUGACAACAUGGAGGUUGCACAUGUGGUGUGUAUGAAAGACUAGUAACAUAGAGAUGCUCCUAGGAUUCUACACCUAAAUGAGAGAUUAAUGGUGCACUUAUGAGUCACAUAAUGGGUGACAUUUAUAGAGUGCAUAAUAGGGGGACUUAAUGGGUGUAUUGAUGUAUAGGGACAUUAUGAGGGACAUUGAUGCCUUGUAUGAGGAGAGGCCUAUAUAAGGAGCCAUCUCCCUCACUUGUAACUCAUUCCAUCAUUUUUUAGAGUAAUACACACUAGAGAGUUCUCUCAUCUUCUUUGUCUUGUUCUUGCUUUCUUCACUUGCUUGUGAGUUUGAGAGAAGGCUUCUUAGUUCUCUAACAGAAUUGAGAGAGAAGGUCGCACGACCGAGAGUAAGGCCAUGACAAGUAGUAUCAAAGCCCGGUUUGGCUCAGUGCUAGCAAGGCAGAAGUAAUAGCCAAAAGAAAAGGAAGAGUCUCACCAAAAAUGUCAGGAUCAGAUGGUGGCGUCACUGAUACUGAGAAGCAACGUGGAAGAGAUCCCAAUAAAAGCUCGAGGCCAAAAGGUACGUCGAGCACUCGUGAUCCUUUGACGUCUCUAGAGAAGCGAGUCUCUAGAAUGGAGGUGAAGCUUUCCGAAGAUGUCCUCACCAUCGAGGAUUUGGGAACUAACUUCGCCCAAGUCCAAAUGGAUGUUCAAGGAAUGAAUGCUCGGUUGUCGAGCUUGGAGAUCGGGCAUGAUGGGCUGCGAGAAAAGCUUGUGGCCCUCAUCAACAACACCAUCUCCGAGUCCAUGAGCAACACAAUUGAAGUUGUGAAAGAGCGUGCCCAGGCUGAGCUGGUCGGCGUGAAGGAGGAAAUUGCAUACCUCAAGAGUGAGGUCACUCUCGUGAAGAGGGUCAUAGUUAGCGGACCAGCCACGGUGCAAUCCGUCCCACGUGCUAACGUUCCAAGACCGAAGAACUUUGGAGGUUCAAGGAACGUGAGGGAGUUAGAGAUCUUUCUUUGGAGUCUUGAAUAGUAUUUCAAGGCAUCCGACAUCAAAGAGGAUGAGGUAAAACUUUGUAUCACUCCACUUUACUUUGUCGAUAUUGCUAUGGUGUGGUGGAGGCGACGUGAAGCAAACGUCGAGAAGGGUAGUGUGAUGGUAACGUGAGAUGAUUUCAAGAGAGAAAUCAAGAGGCAUUUCUAUC